AUGUCAAAUAAAGAUGAUGAAUCAAUUGAAAUGUUAUAUUCAAAAUUAUGUCUUGAUUUAAAUAUGGAUAUUGAAACAAAGUUAGAUGCAUGGCGUUCAUAUGAACAUAUUCGUAAACAUUAUGUUUUAGAAGGAGAUCAAUUACAUUGGUUAGCUGUUUCAUUAUAUUUAUCAUGUAGAAGAUAUAAACAUAUAACAACAAAUCAAUUUAAUCCAAUAUCAAUAUCACGUUUAUUAAAAAGUGCUAAUAAUUUAGAAUUAUUUAUUUUUUUUGAUAAAUUACAUAAAUGGGAAGAUAUGGCUAAUUUACCUGAUUCAAUUAGAUGUAAAAUAGAUCAAGUUGAACAUGCUUUUAAUAUAUCAUCAAUUAUAUUUGAAAAAUAUACAAAAAUAUUUAUUGAAAUAUUUGGUGGAAAUCAAUAUAAAUUAAUUUAUUCAGAUUAUCAAUAUAAAAGAACAUCAAAUCAAAUAAAUCCAAAAUUAAAUAUUAAAAAUAAAUUAAAUAAAUGUUCACAUCAAGAUUUAUAUUCACUUAUUUGGACAAUAUAUGCUUUAGCUAAAACAAUUUAUCCAUCAACUAUAAAUGAUCUUAUUGCUUCAUUUCAUUUACUUAUUUCUUCUUUUUCUUUUAUUUAUUAUUAUGCUAAAUUAGCUAAAUUAGAUUAUUUACUUAAAGGUUGUUGUUUAAAUGAAUUAUGUUCAAAUGAUGGAACUAUAUUGGAUAAAUUAUGUCUUAAAUAUAGUUGUUCAUCUGAUAUCUGUCGAUCAAUAAUUGAACAACAUUUUAAAAAUGAUUUAUUUAAAAUAGUUGAUAAAAAAGAAGAUUUUUUAUCGGAAUUAAAUUAUUUGGAAACAAUUCGUGAUAUAAAUCGUCAAUAUGAUGAAAUUGUAUUAACAAAUUGUAUAAUUGAUGAAAGAAUUUUUUUAGAAAAAAAUUCUCAAUUAAAUGAUUUAUGUAAUUCAUUAAAUGAAAAUCGAUAUUCAAAAAGUUCUCAAAAUCGAACACCAUUAACAGCAAAUCAACAUAUUAAAUCAAAUGAUUUAAAUCAAUAUUUAACACCAAUAUCUCAAGCUAAUCAAUUAAUUCAAUUAUUAUAUUCAAUUGUUCAACAACAACAAACAAAACCAACAAACAAUCUUAUUUAUAUUAUUGGACAACAAACUUAUUUAGAUGAUCUUGUUGAACGUUUAAAUGAAUGUGAAUAUUUAUUUAAUAGUCAAUAUGAUUUAAUAGAAAAUCUAAAUAAAUAUAGUGAAGAAGAAAAUCCAUCUCGAUCAUGUAAAUCACGUUUUGAUUUAUCAUUAAAAUUAUUUUAUUAUUCUAUUGAAAAUAUUUUAACUAUUGAAAAAAAACGAUUAAUUUCAAAUAAAUUUAAUUCAGAAGAAAUUCAACAAUCAUUUCAUAAAUUAAUAUUAAAUAAUGAAUUUAUUCGAUCUCUUGUUGGUUUAUGUUUAUUAUUAGUAUUAUAUGCUCAUAGAGAUAAAUAUCAUGAUUUUAAUUGGAUAUUAAAUAUUUAUUCAUUAGAUGGAUAUUCAUUUUUAAAAAUAAUACAAAUUUUUUUAAAAACAUCUCAACAAAUAAUUAAAUCAAGAUCAUUUAUUAAAUAUUUAUCAUCAAUUGAAGAAAAUAUAUUAUCAUCAAUGGCUUUUUCAAAUAAAUCAUUAUUAUGGAAUGAUAUUCAAUUAAAAGGAAUUUUAUCAUAUAAAACAAUAUCAUCAAUUCAAUUUAAUCUAACAGAUAAAUCAUUAUCACCAACAAAUAAUUUAACUUCAAUCUUAAUUCAAUCACCAAAUAAAACAAAUGUAUCAAGAAAAUUAUUUCAAUCCGAUAGAUCAGAUCAAUCAACAAAUAAAUUGACAAUAAAUCGAAGUAAAUCAGAUGGAAUUAUUGAAAAUAAUGAUAAAAAGUCAAUUAAAUUAAGUCCAUAUAUAAUGUUUUAUCGUAAAUUAUAUGAAUAUGUUUUAUCUCGUCUUGAUAUAAUUUGUUCUCGUUUAUAUGGAUCUGAAUCAAAUAAAUUUGAAAAAAUUGUUUGGAAUUUAUUUAUAUAUUUAUUUGAAAAUUAUACAGAAUUAUUAUUUCGUUCAAGAGAUUUAGAUCAAAUAAUAUUAUCAUCAAUUUAUUAUGUUGCUAAUUCACAUUUAUUUCAAAAUCAAUUUUAUACAUUAAAUGAAAAAGAAUUAACAUGGUAUCGUUUAAUUCAAGCAUAUAAAUCAAUGCCCAAUUCAAAAUUAAAAACAGUUCGAAGUGUUUUUAUUCGUUCAAUAAAUAAAGAUGAUUUUAUUGAAAAUGAAGAAAAUAUUGAUAAAAAUCCAUGUUUAACACCAUCAAAACCUGCUGGAACAAAAAAUUUAAUUGAUGGAAAUAUAAUUGGUGAUAUAACCAGUUUUUAUAAAGAAAUUUUUUUAAAUAUUCCUAAUCUUGAAAAAAAUCUUGAAAAUAAUUUAAAUGAAAAUCAAUUAAUUGAUCUUCCAUAUAGAAAUAAAACAUUUGAAAAUAAUAAAUCUGAAUAUUUAAAUAUAAAUAUAUCGUCAAAUAUAUUUAUUAAUUAUUCAUCAAAUAAAAUUCAAUCAAAUUUAUCUUAUCCUCAAUCAACUAAUAAAACAAAUUAUUUUAUUAAAGAUAAACAAACAAAUUCAACAUCAAAUGUUUUAUCAUCAUCUAUUCAAGCAGGUGCAAAUAAUACAGUACGAACGACUCGAACUCGAACUGAAGAUGGGAAAUUUUUAACAACUAUUUCAACAAUAUCAAAAAUAAAUAAUUCAAAUGAUAAUCAAGAUAAUAUUCUUAUUAAUAGAAAUGAAAAAAAUCUUUUUUUUGGCCAAUCAACAAACAAUUCUAUUAAACGAACACUUUCCGAUGAUUCAAAUUCAAAUUGUUUAACAAGUUUAACAAAAAAAGUUUUACAAAUUGAAAAAGAUCGACAAUAUAUUCAAGAAUAUUAA